AUGCCUUCGUACAACCUGGAGGACUCGCCUUUAGGCUUAUUUCGCAACAACGCCUUAUCAAGGGUGCUUGUGGACACAUACAAUUCAUUUGCAGAGAGAAGAACACAAUUAGGCCUCUCAAACCCAGGAUGCGUCGAGAAUAUUUCUCGAGAAGUACAGCGUGAUGUGUUGCUUAAUAAUUACACAUUUUCUGGCCUGAGAGCGGAUCUCACAAAAGCCUUCAGCAUAUCACCAUUAUUCCAGGUCUCGCAUUCAUUUUCCAUCAGUUCACAGAGCCUACCACCAUAUACACUUGCCGCGCUUUUCGGUACGAACAAAGUAUUCUUACAGGGAAAUGUAGAUAACGACGGAAAUCUAUCAACCAGGUUCAACUACCGGUGGACACCCUCGCUCGUCUCAAAAACUCAGAUUCAAAUCGCCCCUGGGAAUCAGGCCAUGGCACAAUUUGAUCACGAAUAUACUGGAAAUGAUUUCACUGCUUCAUUGAAAUCCUUAAACCCAUCAAUAAUCGAUGGAGGACUUACGGGCAUAUACAUCGGAAGCUAUCUUCAGGCUGUAACACCUAACCUUGCAGUCGGUCUAGAAGCAAUGUGGCAACGUGCUGCUCUGAACCAAGGACCAGACUCUACAGUGUCUUACUGUGCAAAAUACAAAGGAAACGGUUGGAUUCUUAGCGGUCAACUGGCUGGGGGUGGUGCAAUUAGUACGUCAUACUGGAGGAAACUAUCGGAAAAAGUGGAGGUAGGUGCAGACUGUAGCGUACGGCUUGAUAAUGCACCAAGUAACAACUUCAUGGGCAGCUCUCGGAAAGAGGGAUUGACCACUAUUGGAGCCAAGUAUGAUUUUAGGAUGUCUACGUUCAGAGCCCAGGUAGACUCAACUGGCAAGCUAGGGUGUUUGCUAGAAAAGCGCAUAGCUCAGCCAGUAAUGUUAACCUUCUCCGCAGACAUGGACCACUUUAAGCAACAAGUCAAGCUUGGCAUGGCUGUUUCAUUUGAAGCGGGAGGCGAAGAGCUCCAAGAGCAGCAGGAGAUGAACGGGGGGACAACUGCGGCCCAGAUCCCAUUCUAG